ACAGGGGCCCGGCGCGGUGUCGGGGUUCGAGGGCGUCUGCAGCCGGACCGAUUGAUCUUAGUCACCCAUUGGCGAGCCCGCCAUUUGCCCCACCGGCCGCAACUAAUUAUCCUCAAAUCGCCACGGCUUUGCUCCUGCUGCCAUCUGCCCUGCCCAAACUCUGCCCGCCUGCGCCCCCGCCAGCCUCGGGGGUGGACCCACACGUCGUCCACACAAGAAUCACACAGCAAGCUCGUAGCCUGACAUUCGACACCACAAGAAGCAAUGGCGCCAUCUCACCUCCAGGGUCUGAACAUCGUCCAGCCCUCGCCGCCCCCAACACCAUACUUGUCCGACGCGGAUCUCCUCUCGCUCCCGUUACCCGAUUUGAACGCGCAGCUCGAGCUGUGGACCAACCUUAACUUCCAGUCUGACGAGCCCCUCGUGCACGUUGACAGGUCGAGGCUCCACGAAUCCAAGCACAAGCACGCCUCGGACGAUUAUGAUCGCUACAACGAUCAGGACGAGGAGACGCAGGUGCGGGCUGGCAUUGCAGAGACGACCGCACACGAGAACGUAGUAAACCCGACCGUUCUGCCGCCCUCGGGCGUCGCCCACCACGGACAUGCGAACCCACCAGGCGUCGGCGUCCCAGCUGGGAUGCAGAUGCCGCUCGACAUCUCGAGCAUCCUCGCGAGCUUUGGCAUCGACCCCUUCCUCGCGCCGGCCGUCCAGCAAUCUGCCAACCAGUCGCCGAGCGCAAAUUCCAUCGCGCAGCUUCUAGCCAUGCAGGCGACCACCUUCCUCCCCCCACAGCUGAACCCUCAGGCCUCGGCACCUCCCGUCCAGCCUGUGCAGCCCACUCCCGUCCAGCCGGCCAAGCAGCUCCAGACGCAGGCACAGACGCAGCGGCAGCACCAGCAGCCCCAGUCGCCUCCGACGCCUGCCCCUGCCCCGAAGCGCGCCCGCACUGCUCGUGCAUCCGUCUCUUCGGCCGAUACACCUGCACCCGAGAGCCCGGAGUCGGACGAAAAGCAGUUCGGCACCCCGCUGAACGCUGGCGAGGACAAGCGACGGCGCAACACCGCUGCGUCCGCGCGGUUCCGGUUGAAGAAGAAGGAGAGGGAGGCCGCGCUGGAGCGCAAGGCGAAGGAGCUCGAGGUGCGGGUAGGAGAGCUGGAGAAGGAAUGCGAGGCGCUCCGUAGGGAGAACGGCUGGUUGAAGGGUCUCGUCGUCGGUGUGACCGGCGCGGGUGCCGUGCAGCAGCAGCAACAGGCUACUGGUGUUACGGGCGCAAAGAGGACUAGAGAAGAAAGCGAGGGUUUCGGGGAGCAGAGCGUUGCAACUGCGUAAACUGUGUGUCUUGUUAGUGCCGUGUGCUUUUCGCGUGAUUUAUUGCCGUCUCAUUCUACUGGCCCUUAUUUCAGAAGUAUUCCGUAGUCGGUUCCGUGAUCCUUGCGAGCCCGUGUAUACAAGCUGCAUCCGUGAGGGCGUCUCCAUAUGUCACGUACGCGUACGAUCCAUAUGGGCACCCUAUCUCUCUGUCCAACAUGUAUCCCGUAGUUGAGUUGUCCAUGUCAAAUGCUAAAAGUCGCUUCUUCCACCUUA